AUGGGAGAACCUUUGCUGCGCCACAAUAAUGACUUGGGUUCGAUUGGAAAUAGGAUUGGAGAUGGGUUGAAUAACGGGGGAUUGCAGAUUCAACACGGAAGGCACCACGACGAAUUGUUGGAAAGGAUUUUGUCGAUAUUGUUUAUUUUUGAAAAAAGAUUAAAAUGGAUUCCUCAUGAUAAACUUAAAAAUAUUAAAUAUCUUGAUAAAGGAGGAUUUGGUACAGUAUAUAAAGCUAUUUGGUUAAAUGAAAAACAAAAUAAAGAAGUAGUUCUUAAAUGUCUUAAUAACUUGAAUGAAAAUUUAAAUGUAUUUUUGAAUGAGUGGAAAUAUCAUGAAAGUUGUUUAAAUUCACCUGAUAUUAUUGAUUAUUAUGGAUUUACAAAAGAUCCGGAUACUUUAAAUUAUAUCGUCAUAAUGAAUUAUGCAAAUAAAGGUAAUUUAAGAGGAAAUUUAACUAAAGUAGUUAAAUAUAAUUGGAAACAAAAAUUAUUCAUGUUGUAUAAAAUUAUUUCUGGGAUUUAUGAAAUGCAUAAUCAAAAACUUAUUCAUUGUGAUUUACAUGAUGGUAAUAUUUUAAAUCACAAUAAUAAAAUGAAUGGAGUGGAGGGAAAAAAUGAAAUUAAUUGUGAUUUAAUUUUUGUUAGUGAUUUAGGAUUAUGCCAACCUGUAAAGUCAUCUUUAAAAAAAGGAGAUAUUUAUGGGGUUAUACCAUUUAUAGCACCUGAAAUUUUAAGAGGCAAGCACUAUACUUUAGCUAGUGAUAUAUAUAGUUUUUCUAUGAUUAUGUGGGAAUUUACAUCUGGAGUUCCACCAUUUAAUGAUAGAGCACAUGAUCUUCAACUUAGUUUAAGUAUUUGUAGAGGUGAACGUCCUGAAGUUAUUGAAAAUACUCCACAAUGCUAUAUAGAUUUAAUGAAAAAAUGUUGGGAUGAAAAUCCAUUAAAAAGGCCAUCUGCGUCAGAAGUGAAAUAUGCUAUUGGAAAUUGGAUUUUCCGUCCUGAUUAUUUUAGUUAUGAAUUACAAGAAAACAUUAAGGAAUUUAUGGAUGCACCAAUUGAGCAUAAUAAUCUUGCUAAUGAAUCUCAUUCACAAGCAUGCUAUACAAGUCGCUUACUUGAUUUUACUAGUGGAAAAUUGAAUGAAAUCAUAGCAAAUGAAGAUUUGGAUGAUUGUAAAAUUUGA